AUGGUCAUGAAUGCUAUACAGCAGUAUGAGACUUUCUACAAUAUAGUAGUUUACUUGACAUCUUAAAAGAUCAAUCUACUGAUAUUCUUCAACUUCUUGAUGGUUGUUCUCAUCAACUUUGUCAAUCUACUUGUCUGGAUCUUCUUUGAUCAAAUUAGAACUAUUGAGUCAAAGUACAUUAUGGACAAGUCUCAAAAGAAGCUAUUUCACUUUAUUCUGUUAAUAUUGAUCUUGAGAGGCACAUUCGAUGUUUACAAGUUCAUCUCACUUUCAAUAUUGUUUGCAUUUUGGAUCAUGCAUUGGCUUGUUUACAAAAGAAGUGACUACCUUAUCAGCAGAGGCAGUAGAGGAAAAACUGAGCAUGUGAAGUUGCUAGUGCUCUACGGGAUUCUUGUGGUGAUUGAUUUCUUGGUAUCUUUUACUUUUUAUGAGAAAUUCCUAUACAAAGGAGAGAGAAUGAAUGAACUCUAUGUGAUCAUUGGAUUCGAGUUCUUCAGAUUAAUGCUCAAAUCAGUGGAGGAUAGCUUCAAGUAUAAUCUCAGCUUAGUUGAACUGUACUAUAAAGAGCAAUGGACUGAGAAGAGCUUCAUAUUCAACAUUAUCAGUUUUAUCUUUGACCUGAGUGCUUUACUUUUGAAUAUGGUAAGACAAAUCUAAUUUACAUCAUUAUUGCAGAAACUGUUUGCAUAUAUUGUGUCAAGAUAGCAAUUUCCUUUGUAUCUACUAGGUGAAAUAAUAGACAACUUUGUUAGAUUAGGAAAAUCUAUAUAAUUAUUCUAUCAAUCAAGAACACUUAUUAAUAAACUCAAGAAACUACCGAAUGUCUCAGCUGAAGAUUUAGUUGGAAUGGAUAAUACUUGCAUCAUUUGCCUUGAGGAAAUUAAGAAAGCAAAGAAGCUGAACUGUGGCCAUAUAUUCCAUCUAAACUGUCUGAGAAGAUGGCUAGAGUAGAAUGUAUAGUGUCCCACAUGUAGAUGCAAGAUUGAACUUGACACUGUAGCUUAAGCGCAAAACUAGUCUACGGAGAGAGAAAAUGGAUGGGUUUAAGCUUAGAGAGCUUAAAAUCUUAGGAGAAGGCGUAUUAGAAGAUAGAUUGAAGAAGAAACCAAGCUUGAUCAGUAACAGAUUGCUCCAACAGCAGGAGUUGAGAAUUAAGAGUAAGUGAAUCCUGAUAAUGUUGAAGAAGAAAAAAAGUAAGACGAUUCUCAAUCAACGCAAUAAAAGCAAUCAUAAGCUGAGGUUAGAGCAAAAAGGCUACAAAAACUGUAAAAUGAUCUGUCUGAAACAGAUAAGAUACUGUAAGAGAUAACAAAGGAAUUGAUUGAAGAAACUGGAAAACCAAUGAUUGACAAGGCAUCAAAAUAAAAGAUUAAAAAGGGCAUCGAAGGAAUCAAAGAAUUGUUUAAGAUUGAUGAGGAAGAGAUCCUGGACAUCAUUGAGGAACAAAAAAUGCAGAUGGGAGGUGAUUUAUUGGAUGAAGAUGUAGAAUCAUUUAAAAAAGUAAUAUUGAAUGAGAAAGGCAAUAACAAUGAUGAUUUGUUUGACGUCGAAGAAGAUGAUAACCAAAAGUCUAAAAGUAGUGGCAAAGAUGAACUAAGAUUUGCUAAGACUAUUAACAGCACACUGUUUGAAGAUCCAAAUCAAAAUUGGUUCAGUCCCCUAUGGUUUGCCAUGCAUUGCUCUUACAAGAAGAACACUUGA